UUUCUGUUGUUUUCAUCUUUUUCUCGAUUUUUUACGUUGUUUGUGGAAAACUGGUCGUUCUUCGUCCACUAGUUUGAUUUAAUUAAAAUUAUCACUCGGUUCCAUUGGUUUUCGAUUGCGCGAUCCCGAACGGUACGCCGUUGCUUCAUCCCCAGCUUCUUUCCCUUUCUUCUUAUCAGCUGUGGUCGUUCGAGACGAGACCGCUGUUUGCGAUAGGUCGUGCGCUGGAACGCUCUCAAAAAAGAAAUAUUCGACUCUUCAAUUUGUCAUCAGCCGUUCCCGUACCCAAUAAUCGGGACAAGUUGCGACGAGAAAAAGCAGUGAUGAACGCACUGUUCUAACCCGAUUAUCGCUCGCCAACAAGUGCUGAGACUCGGCUCGUUCCCGUAGUAUGGUCAGUCUGAUUCGGAACUUUGCAUCCAACUCGGGCGGUCGGUUUUUAGAUGAUUCAUCGAGAAUGGACGACACUCUAGGAUCGCAAGAGCCAAUUUUGGCAACACAGGAGAACGGAGACUUUGAACCAUUUUACACGGCUCCGGUUUUCAGCUUCCAUCUGCUGGUAUCAAGUAUCAUCUCAGUAACUGGAAUAGCAUUGGCAGCCACCUGGGACGAUACUAGAAGAUGCGAGGCGUACUUCAUCAUGAUGUACCUAAGGGUCGCAUUCUGGAUAAUAACCUACUUGGUUGACUAUCUGGUGAAAAAGCAUCACAGAGCACUAGCUAUGAAAGGGUAUCUUGACUUUAACCGGGCUACGAAACACCACAGCACGGUCCCAUUGCAGAUCGUUUCACUGUGGAACACGUUUCUGCUAGCGAUCCACACCCUCAUGCAGCAUUACUAUGGGGAGGAUUUCGGAACAAAGUGCAUCGUCCUCGGAUGGCUAUCUCCGAUCGUGUACAUUACAGCUUUCUCGUGCCUUGAAACCGGUGUGCUUAGUAUCGUGAACGGAUCUUACAUAGCUAAAGUACGCCGCUUCAAUCGCACCGCUGCGCCACCAGAUGCCUUGCAGGAUAAUCGCGGCAUGAGAGGUGGCUCGGUUGGACUUACCCAACGUGGACUGAGCACCACGGAGCUGCUCGAAAAGCAAGCGGACUUGAUCAACUAUCUUAAGGAUCACAACCUGAAGCUGAACCAAAAGAUCAUGCAAAUGAACGCCCAAGUACGAACUGUCACCUUUCCCGGAUAGGCCAAAAUCUGACGGUAGGUUGUACGAACUACUUAUCAUUCAGUGUGCAGUGAGUAAGCAGUGAUAAGAAUUAGCAUUCGAUAGAAGAAACCAAUAGGCAAUUGGCACGAAAGAAGAUGUAAACGAUACGGUAGUCAGCUUUAGCGAUAUACAGGAGACAUUCAACAUUUGUGAUUGUGAAAAGUGUGUGUAUUGUUUCAAGGAAUAUCUUGAGCGAGUAUGGUUCAAUACCAAUCGGACUGAAAAAUGCAUUAGAACUGGUGCAGAAAAAAAAACUACUACUGUGUUCGAUAUUCAUCCAAAAAUCUGUGGAUUGACGUCGAUGAAUUCAAUAAGACAUAAGGAUCAUUUUUUUAACCCGCUUCGUUUGAUGUUAAAAUGGAAAUUUACCCCACAAAAUGCAGUUCCCUUUUCGUUAGUAUACAACUGUAGAUAAAUCAGAAACCAUUUGCUAGGUUCCAUUGUAUAAAUGAUAUGAUAAUAAUAAUUAUUUGAGAAGGGCAAUAAAUGAUCAGGUAACUAACUAUGUUGCUGAACACUACCAA